CACAAACAGGGGAUAACAGGGGCUUUCCUCUAAAAGGUUCGUUUUUCCAAGACCUUUGUGGUCAGCCAUGAUCGGUUUCUUCGGGUACCUCCUUGUCAUCGCAGCCGGCAAUUCCGCAUUCCAAGCCGAGCUCCAUGCCGACGAUGAGUGUGGAGAAGGUGCCAAGACUUGCUCGCUUGAAGCCUUGCAACUGCGGGCCAACCGCGCCAGCUGCUACUUUCAUGGUAUUUUCCUUGCUGGCAAGGUCAAGGUGGUGUCGCACUUCCCGGACAUCAAGGUGAAGCUUGUUGACAGCUUUCCAGACCUGGAGGUCAAGAAGGUAUCGCACUUUCCCGAUCGAUGUGGUGAAUGGCAGAUUGUUGAGAACUUCCCUGAUUUCACGGUCCAGUUCGUAUCCAGCUUUCCCGAUGUCAAGAUCAGGUACGUGACAAGCUUUCCUGGCGUCUACCAACGAUGAAUGUACAGCAAUUCUGAGUGAGCAAGCAUCAGGAACCUAUGUUGGUUUACAACAUGGCAUAUUGAGAGUUUGGGAGAAGGAAUCCUCAAUACAGUUGUGAUGGCCUGGCGGAGAUUUUCCCGUUGGCCUUGAAAAGCCUUUGAAUCGCAAAGCGUGCUUGCCCAUUGGAACACAAGUAUCCAGGCGCAAGCAUGCGGGCCUAAAUCACGUGGCCAUCGUUAUUCAACGCAGACGAGAGAGAGAGAGAGAGAGAAAGAGAGAGGGGG